AUGACUUAGUUGAAAAACAACAAGAAUUUUUAAAUUUUGUUCUAUAUCAAUAUAUUCAACAUAAUUAUUCUUUAAAUUUAAUUGGAAAUAUGAAUGAAAUGUUAUUAUCUUUUGAUAUACCUAGCAAUAUGACUGUAGAAGAAACUGGUGCUCGUACAGUUAGCAUACAUACAACAGGAUAUGAGAAAUCUAAUUUUACAGUUGUUCUUUGUUGUAUGGAAGAUGGUACAAAAUUAUCUCCAGUAAUAAUUUUUAAAUUAGUAAAUGUUUCACAACAAACAUUUCCAUCAGGAGUUAUAAUUCGUGCUAAUCAUGGAGGAUAUAUGAAUUCGGAACUUAUAUACAACAAGAUUUAUUGA